AUGAAGUUGACUUCUGUAUUUCACGGUAUUGCGCUCGCAACUCCUGUUGCUGCUAUGAAUUGCUCAGUCGCAUCAUUCCAGUCAUACCUCGAUUCUACCAAUACCACGGCCACUGUCUACAGUGCCGAGCAGGUCGCCCAGAACGGGACUUUCGUCGUGCCAAAAAGCAACCAAGCCUACACUACGUCACCAGAAAACCUGCCUGCUCUUUGCCAAGUUCAGGUCAACGCUACCACCGAAGCCGGAACGUACUACAGCUUCGGUCUGUUCCUUCCAAAGUCAUGGAACCAGCGUUUCCUUGCGGUCGGCAACGGUGGCUAUGCCGGCGGAAUCAACUACAUUGACAUGGGUGCUGGAGUAGGUUAUGGCUUCGCGGUCAUGUCUACCGAUACUGGUCACAGUGGAGCGUAUCAGGAUACAGAUUGGGCAUACAACAACCCAGAUUCCGUCACCGACUGGGGCUGGCGAGCUAUGCAUGGCUCGACUGUCAUUUCAAAGAGCAUCAUACAAGCCUGGUACGGCAGUGCUUCCACUUACAACUACUUUAGUGGUUGCUCCGUUGGAGGUCGUCAAGGUCUCCGUGCUAUUGAACUAUUCCCAGAGGACUAUGACGGCGUCAGCGUUGGUGCUCCUGCUUGGUGGACAACUCACUUGCAGCUCAACGCAGUCAAAACCUUGACCUACAAUACCCCUUCGGACGCAUCCCAUGUCAUUCCCCAGUCUAUGUAUCAGACUCUGAAUGAUGAAGUCAUCAGACAGUGCGACCCCCAAGAUGGUUAUGAGGACAACAUCAUCUCCGACCCCCUGGCAUGCCGCUUCAAUCCACUCACGUUGCUGUGCAACUCUACCACUGCGACUAAUUGCUUGAAUGCAGACCAGAUCGGUACGCUGUAUAGGAUCUACAGCGACUGGGUUGACGUCAAUGAUACAUUCAUUUUCCCUCACUACCUUCUGGGCACCGAGAGCGCGUGGGCCAACAAUAUCGGUACCGGUGGUGACGCCUCACUGGAGAAUCAGUCCGGUUUUGCGCGGAACCUGCUCGGUCUCGGCCCGUCGUGGUCUUAUCAAGAUCUGGAUUAUAGCACCGUUCAGCUCGCGGAGCAGAUCAAUCCCGGGAAUGCGACCGCGGACGACUUCGAUCUCACACCCUUUCAUAAGCGGGGUGGCAAAGUCAUACAUCAUCACGGCCUUUCAGAUGCCACGUUGGCCACAGGCAGCAGCAUCUACUUUUACGAACAUGUCGCUGAAGCGGUUGUGCCACAAGGUGCUCAAAUGGACGACUUCUACCGCAUGUUCUUGAUUCCUGGCAUGGACCACUGCAUGUCCACUCCCUCCACCAUGGAGGCUCCGUGGUACAUCGCUGGUGCUAACCAGGCCGCGAGCCUCGGAGCAAGUGUCUCGGGCGUGCCAGGCUUCCGUGACGCCAAACACGACGUAAUUCUUGCCCUCAUGGCAUGGGUCGAGGGAAAGGAAGCGCCGGAUGACAUCAUCGCGACUGUAUGGACGAAUGAUCAAACACAUACUGAGGUCUAUCGGCAGCGCCCCAUAUGCAGGUACCCACUGCAGGCUAAGUACACAGGUUCGGGCGAUGGGAACUCUGCGGACAGUUGGAGCUGCGAGUCAUUGUAUUAG